AUGGCCAAGCAGCUGGACUUCCUAACUAGCAAGCUUGGGUACAUGGGAACAAAGCCGAUUGGGUUAGAGAAUCAGCCGGGAGUUGAAGAUGGCAACAACAGAAACUUCAACAACUACCGCCCCAAUCAAGGGGGUGGCAAUUACAACAACUAUGGGAACAAGGUGCAUCCCAACUUGUCUUACGGGAACCCAAAUAAUGCCUUGCAACCACCACCUGAAUUCCAGGUAUCUAAUGGCCAAGUCAAGGAGCCGAAGAAGGAAGAGCUUGGAGAUGUGUUGAUGGCUUUCAUGAAGCAAACGAGCGAGUGUAUGAUAAGUCAGAUUUCACAGGCUGUGGGUGUUCAACACCAACCAGGCCAGUUUCCCUCACACACCAUUGUCAAUCCUAAGGAUUGCAAAGCCUUCAAUUUGAGGAAUGGGAAAAGCUAUGAAGGUCCAACCAUGCCUGAGGAGAAAGAGAAGAUUUCUCAAGAAGAGGUAGUUGUAGAAGAGGUGGUGGAAGAAGAAGAGCCGGUGGAAGAGAAGAAGAAGCUAGAUGACCAAUUCUCUAGAUUUCUUGACAUAUUCAGAAAGGUUCACAUCAACAUCUCGUUGGUAGAGGCGUUACAGCAAAUGCCUAGCUACGCAAAAUUUCUAAAGGACGUGAUCUCCAAGAAGCGAAGAUGGGUGGAGCACGAGACCGUCAAUUUGACGGAGAGCUGUAGUGCCAUUAUCCAGAAGAAGCUGCCCGCUAAGAUGAAAGAUCCUAGAAGCUUCACUAUAUCAUGCAUUGUGGGGGAUAGCCAAGUGGGCAAGGCCCUAUGUGAUUUGGGGGCAAGCAUUAAUCUUAUGUCUUUCUCGUUCUUUCAGAAGCUGAAGAUUGGGACACUGAGGCCCACCACCAUCACACUCCAGAUGGCCGACCGAUCUGUGUCGUAUCCUAGGGGGAUUGUUGAAGAUAUACUCGUCAAAGUCAAUGACUUCAUCUUUCCUGUGGAUUUCGUGGUGCUCGAUAUGGAGGAAGACCGAAAAGUUCCUCUUAUUCCGGGAAGACCUUUCCUAGCUACAUGGAAGGCAAUGAUCGAUGUACAGAAGGGCAAGCUCACACUCUGA